UUUCACGGGUACCACUAUAACACUGGUCACUUUAGUUAUCACCGGUCCCUCUCGAAGUCUCUUGUCCAGAAAAGUCCGGGCGAGAAGGAAGGAAGCUCUCGAAGCUCUCGAAGCUCCAUGCCAUGCUACCGAGACAGGCCAAUGGCUGACCUAGCAGCUUUGGUUUGCCGCAUUGGUGAUCUGGAUUGGUAGCUGGCUGGAGCUGUCCUCCUCUACAGGAUGAACAGGACGAAAAGCAAAGAGAGGGACAACACACGGACAAGAAAGUGCGAAUAUCAUGAGCACCCUACUGACCUUGCUGGUUACAAUAGGUCGAUACCAUCGCUAAGCGUCUGAUGUCCAACGAGACCAAGAUCUCCAACACCGCCGAGCUUAACAAGGUCAUCUUCAAGAACAAGGCCGAGGCCCCCUUCGGUCGCAAAUUCGUCUCCCUCUUCCCCGGUCUCGGCUACGCCGCCGGCUACAAGGUUCUCCAGCGCAUCUACAAGUACGGCGGCCAGCCAGUUGCCCGCGACUUCCUCGGCACCCACUACGGCAAGGACUUUGAGAACGCCUUUGGCAAGAAGACGGGCAAGGCCAUCAUGCACUCGACGGCCGGCUCGCUCAUUGGCAUUGGCGAGAUCGUUUUGCUUCCCCUCGACGUCCUCAAGAUCAAGCGCCAGACCAACCCCGAGGCCUUCAAGGGCCGUGGCGUCUUCAAGAUCAUCAAGGACGAAGGCUUCGGCAACUUGUACCGCGGCUGGGGCUGGACGGCCGCCCGCAACGCGCCCGGCUCGUUUGCGCUGUUUGGCGGUUCCGCCUUCGCCAAGGAGUUCCUCUUUGGUCUGAACGACUACAACAAGGCGACGUGGUUCCAGAACUUUGUCGCUUCCAUUGCUGGUGCCUCUGCCUCGCUCGUCGUCUCGGCUCCCCUCGACGUCAUCAAGACCCGUAUCCAGAACCGCAACUUCGAUAACCCCGAGUCGGGCUUCCGCAUCUUGACCAACAUGGCCAAGAACGAGGGCGCCGGUGCUUUCUUCAAGGGUCUGGUGCCCAAGCUCUUGAUGACGGGCCCCAAGCUUGUUUUCUCUUUCUGGCUGGCUCAGACUUUGAUUCCUGCCUUUGACAUUGCUUUCCGCAAGUAAAGCGGGGAGUUGAGUGUCGAUGAGGAAUGAGCAAAAAAGAAAGAACAACAAAAAUCGGCGUUUGUUUUUGGAUCGGAAAGGAAGCCUUUUUGAUGGAUAGAGAACAUGAUCUGUCAUCAUGUUUUGUUUUGCCAUCUGUUUGUAACAAUAUCAUUGUGCGUGUGUGUGAGCUGGAGUGGUUGGGAGGGUUAUCUAAAGGGUUCAUGAUAGAAAUAUUCCCCGGCGU